UCUGUCCUUGCUGUCGCCACUGUUGGUUAUUUAUAAACUAACCUCAUAUUGAAAUUGAAUUUUUAUUGGGUUGCAGAAGAGCAGCGUGUAGACAUACUGAUCAAUAAUGCAGGAGUAAUGAGAUGCCCUCACUGGCAAACCGAAGAUGGAUUUGAAAUGCAGUUUGGGGUUAACCAUUUAGGCCACUUUCUGUUAACCAACCUCUUGCUGGAUAUGAUGAAGCACUCAGCGCCCAGCCGCAUCAUAAAUGUCUCCUCGCUGGCUCACGUAGUGGGAGAGAUGGAUUUUAACUAUCUGAACUGGGAAAAUAAAAAAUAUAAUACAAAGGUGGCCUACUGCCAAAGUAAGCUUGCAAAUGUGCUGAUUACAAAAGAGCUGGUCAGGCAACUGCCGGGUACUGGAGUAACAGUCAACGCGCUUCACCCCGGAGUAGUUGAGACCGAGCACACAGGGAUGCAUCAGUCUCAAUUUUCAAGCGCAGUACUAGGAAAAAUCUUUCCCCCAGACAGGACCACCAAAAAAGUGGUGGACCACAUUAUCUACCGCUUUGUCUGGGGCAGCAAGAUGGAGAGAGUAAAGCGAGCGACUAUGAAUAAAGCCGAAAAGAAGGGAGGUAAGGGGGUUCCGGACGUUGUGCAGAUCAUCCGAGUGCAGGGGCUCACGCAACCCAUCAAGAACAUCCAGGCCCUGGACAGGAAGCUGUCUAAAUUCUGAAGAAUCUCAAUCUAGUUGACAGCCUACGUGAUGUGUACUUAUGAACUCUGGAGAGGUCUUUGAUUCUUAAGGAGACAUCCCAACACCUUGUAGACUCCAGGUCCAGCUCUGAUCAAGACUCUGAACCAGUUUGCUACCAGUCAUGACAACAUGCGGGUGCCAUGCCUUUCUGAAUGACACUGUGUAUUACUAAUAAUGAUUUGCAGUUAAAUCCAUUGAAUACAUAUGGCAGUAUGGAAUAUCUGGAAAAAUAAAGCUGAAAACAGACCCAGGGAUGACUGCUGAAGUAGAACUGAAGUCCAUUAGCAACGCAGAUCAACGGGUACUCUUGCUCAGGAACAACCAGCAUUUCAAAGACCUCAAGUGGACAAGGCAAGAGGAAAUCUAUGUUCUACAACAACAACAACAACAACAACAAAAAAUAUUAGAAAAAAACAACAAACAAAAAAUAAAAGAACCUUAAUAAAAUAACUGUAACAUAUCUUGAUCAGCAUAAACUUCUGCAUUAGUUCAACCCACUCCAAUAGAACAAUACUGGACUGAAAAGCUCCACAAAGGUAUUUGUGUCCUGUGUAAGGAUUCCUCACUGCAAGCACAACAAAAAUAGAUUAGUUUAUAACACCAUUUGUGCAUAAUAAUAACAUGGCAGUCAAAAAAAAAAAACUUCUCCAAAGAUAUUCUUAAUUACAAUUCGACCAUAUUCUGACAGCAUUCUUGUUUAUUCCAUUUUUUUUAAUUUUUAAUUUUUUUUUUUUGGAAAGGAUGGUACAAUUAAUUUGAAAAAAAUAAAAAAAACCUGCCAAACAUCUCUAUAUAAACCAUAUACUGUAGAUGUGCAGCAUCUAAUCUUUUUUUAUUUGUAUUGUGUGAAUCUUAUGAUAGUAAGAGGAAUCUGUGG